GUCCCUGCAAGCCCCCAGCCAUGGCCCUGAAAGGCCGAGCCCUCUAUGACUUCCGCAGUGAGAACGAGGAGGAGAUCAGCAUCCACCAGGACGAGGACCUGGUGGUCUUCAGCGAGACCUCCCUGGACGGGUGGCUGCAGGGCCAGAACAGCCGCGGGGAGACGGGGCUCUUUCCCGCCUCUUACGUGGAGAUCCUCCGUUCUGGCGCCAACCACGUGGACUACACCAGCAGCUCCGCAGACUCCCCAAGCGCCCAGGUGACCUGUUACGACAGCUGCAGUGUGGCCAGCCCUGCCAGGAGUGGUGGGGUCAGUGGCUUCCUCUCCAACCAGGGCAGCUUCGAGGAUGACGACGAGGAUGACUGGGACGACUGGGAUGAUGGCUGCACCGUGGUGGAGGAGCCACGGGCUGGUGGGCUGGGCACCAACGGGCACCCCCCACUCAACCUCUCCUACCCUGGGGCCUACCCCAGCCAGCACAUGGCCUUCCGGCCCAAGCCGCCCCUGGAGCGGCAGGACAGCCUGGCUUCUGCCAAGCGAGGCAGCGUGGUCGGGCGCAAUCUCAACCGCUUCUCGUGCUUCGUGCGCUCCGGAGUGGAGGCCUUCAUCCUGGGCGACGUGCCCAUGAUGGCCAAGAUUGCCGAGACCUACUCCAUCGAGAUGGGCCCUCGCGGCCCCCAGUGGAAAGCCAACCCACACCCGUUCGCCUGCUCCGUGGAGGACCCCACCAAACAGACCAAGUUCAAGGGCAUCAAAAGCUACAUCUCCUACAAGCUCACACCCACCCACGCCGGCUCCCCGGUCUACCGGCGCUACAAGCACUUCGACUGGCUGUAUAACCGCCUGCUGCACAAGUUCACCGUCAUCUCGGUGCCCCACCUGCCGGAGAAGCAGGCCACGGGCCGCUUCGAGGAGGACUUCAUUGAGAAGCGGAAGCGGCGGCUGGUGCUCUGGAUGGACCACAUGACCAGCCACCCCGUGCUGUCCCAGUACGAGGGCUUCCAGCAUUUCCUCAGCUGUCUGGAUGACAAGCAGUGGAAGAUGGGCAAACGCCGGGCGGAGAAGGACGAGAUGGUGGGUGCCAGCUUCCUGCUCACCUUCCAGAUCCCCACGGAGCACCAGGACCUGCAGGACGUGGAGGACCGUGUGGACACCUUCAAGGCCUUCAGCAAGAAGAUGGACGACAGCGUCCUGCAGCUCAGCACGGUGGCGUCGGAGUUGGUGCGGAAGCACGUGGGAGGCUUCCGCAAGGAGUUCCAGAAGCUGGGCAGUGCCUUCCAGGCCAUCAGCCAGGCCUUCCAGAUGGACCCUCCCUUCAGCUCCGAGCCCCUCAACAGUGCCAUCUCUCACACGGGCCGGACCUACGAAGCCGUCGGGGAGAUGUUCGCCGAACAGCCCAAGAAUGACCUCUUCCGGGUGCUCGACACGCUGUCCCUCUACCAGGGCCUGCUCUCCAACUUCCCCGACAUCAUCCACCUACAGAAAGGCGCCUUCGCCAAGGUGAAGGAGAGCCAGCGCAUGAGCGACGAGGGCCGCAUGGCGCAGGACGAGGCCGACGGGAUCCGCAGGCGCUGCCGCGUGGUGGGCUUCGCCCUGCAGGCCGAGAUGAACCACUUCCACCAGCGCCGCGAGCUCGACUUCAAGCACAUGAUGCAGAACUACCUGCGCCAGCAGAUCCUCUUCUACCAGCGGGUGGCCCAGCAGCUGGAGAGGGCCCUGCGCAUGUACGAUGGCCUCUGAGCACGCUUCCUGCCCGGGCCCACGGGCCCUCCCAGACAGACUCCCUGGAGCCCCAGUGGCUGGGAGGAGGCGCGGGGCCCCCAGGGAGGCCCUUACUCCUAAAGGCGGGGCACGGCCAGUGUGAGAAUGGAGCUGGGAACCCUCCAGACCAAGGUCCAGGCUGCUGGUUGGUCACAUGAGGCUGGGCCAGGGUCCGAGCCUCCUGAGACCUGGAGUGUUGCCCUCGGCCACCAUCCCUCUGCUCGUGCAGAGCCUGCAGCCCCAGGCCCCCCUGGGUGCGGUGGAGGAGCCCCGGGCGAGGAGGGGCAGACGCGAGAGCUGACGAAGGGGUGCAGUGGCGUGGGUGGCUGAAGAGGGCCUCCCAAGGCUCUUUGCUGGCCAGGGAGGACUCCACAGAGCAGUGCGUCGGCUGGCCAGGAGCUGCCAGGCAGACGGGGAGAACAUUUGGGGAGAGGAAUGGCAUGGGCAAAGGCAUGGAGGUGGAAGCACCCCACUUCGCUCUCCGCCUUCCCCAAGCAAGCCUGGAGCCCUCCCUGGGGCUCAUGGCCUGUGUGGGGUAGCAGGGAGCCCUCCCUGCUCACCCGUUUGCGACUUUCCGGCUUUCCCUGCCCCAGCCCUGUCCCUGCAGGAGGGGCUGCAGGCCAACUCCCUCCUGUCAGCUCCUGUCAGGCCUGACCCUCUCCACCGAGCUCUCUCCUGGUUAGGGGCCAUAAAAGUCAGCAGAUGUUUAGUUUCCUAGCAGUAACUCCAGGGCACUGGCCUUGGGGCUUCCAGUUACUUGAGGAACCUAAGGAGAGAAAGAUGGGGCUGCCCACCCUCCCCGACCUCCCUGUGAUGCAGAUGUGCUGGCUCCAACCUGUUUACAUUCUCCGCUGAGGCCUCCUCCCCUGGCCCAGGGGUGGCCCCACGGUGUGCUGGGGGAGCUGACCCUCUGUCCCCCUAACCCACACCCCAGGAGGUUGCAGUCUGCUCCUGGCUGUUGCUGCUUGAAUCUUUUCUCUUUCUUUCUUGUCGAUAAACCUUUUACAAUGAA